AGCGCAGCGCUCCGUGGGUUGUGCGCGGUGUGGGGGCGAUGCUGCAGCCGGCGGCGCGCCGCGCCUGGAACCUCAACCAGAGGCGGGACAUCUCCUCCUGGCUAGCCCGGUGGUUCCCCAAAACCCCAGCCAAGCCUGUGGUGGCCCUGAAAACGCCCAUCAAGGUGGAGCUGGUAGCUGGGAAAACCUACAGGUGGUGUGUAUGUGGCCGCAGCAAGAAACAGCCCUUCUGCGAUGGCUCCCACUUCUUCCAACGCACUGGCCUAUCCCCACUCAAGUUCAAGGCCCAGGAGACCCGCAUUGUGGCACUCUGUACCUGCAAAGCCACCCAGAAGCCCCCGUACUGUGAUGGCACCCACAGGAGUGAGCAGGUGCAGAAGGCAGAAGUGGGCUCCCCACUGUGAGAGGGUGGCUGCUGCCCAGUCCCGCGUGGCCUUGGCCCCAGGCCUGAUAGGAGCCCCUCUGUGGGAAGGAAACCGAGUGCUAAGCCCAAGAAGGGAUCAUCUGAAGACCCCAGCACCCACAGCUGGCUCGUGAAGGAAUUGUUUCCCAUAACCUGAGGUCCUCAGUCUGGGGAAGCCAGGAGUGGGCCCCUGAUUCAGCACCUGCCAGUGAAGACAGCAUUAAACAAGCA